UUCAGCAAUCCCAUCAACUUCCUCCCUCAGCGAGAAUAAAUGAUUAAUCUCCUCACAACAAAAAAACCCUAAACCCUAAGCCAUGACAAAUCACCGCCGUUACUGGCAUACUAAAGACGGAGCCGCAACGAAUGGUCCUGGGAAAGCCAACAAUCUAACGCGGCAUCUCGAACUGGGACGGCGUCAAGAACAAGCAAGCCCAAAACAACAUGAAAUCGAUGAAAAUCGGCGACCUCUUGUUUCUUCUACCAUCAGGCCGAUUCGACCGCCGCAUCGUCGGAGUCGUCGAGGUCAUCAAAACGUGGUACGGAACCGAUGACGGCGGAGGAGCGGUGGACGUCAGAUCGGUUGGCGAGAUUGAGGAGAGCCGUCGAUUUGAAAGAGAUCAAGCAGGAGAAGGAGGCGAUGGAGGGUUUUCGUGCUGUUGAAGCAGCCAAGGUGUCGUGGUGCCGGUGGAGGCUAGGGUUUGGGAGAGGAUUUGCGAGAUGGGUGGUGGAUUUGGGGAUGCGGAGGAGGAAGGCGAAGGAGAAAAGGAUUAGAGAAUUGGCGUGGUUUCUGGAAGAGCUAUUUUUGGGCCCCCUCUUGAGGAAUACUGGACAAAGAAGCAGCAGGAAGAUGCAGCAAGGAAAGAUGAAGGAAGCAAAUAGCUAGUUGCAGUAAGGAGUAACCUCUGCAACAAUUUUGAUGUUUAAUGCUUGUAAUAUCGAUGAUUUUAAUUGCAGCAUCCCUUUCUCUAUGUGGGAUGUCUCGUAUCCUGCGAUUAAUUUGCUCUCCUGAGCACAAUGAUUUUUAUCCGCGUAUUUGCUGCUCUCUGAUGAUGGAAGCAAAUAACUACAUGUUUUCAUUUAUUUCGAGUUGAUUGCUUCCCUGGAUUUUGCCU